CCCAGGUUUUCCUCCUUUUCCCCCCAGUUUUUCCCUCUCCUCUCUCCCGGUUUUCCCGGCAGAGGUGGCAGGGCCGGCACGGCCGAUUCCCGGCUGGAAUUCCCGGCUGGAAUUCCCGGCUGGAAUCCUCUCCCUAAAGGCUGGCUCGGCUGGACGAGGCCGCCCCCAUUCCCAUCCUUUCCUGGGAAUCCAUUCGAUCCCGGGAUCCUGGAAUCUCAGGAUUCCAGACUGGAAUUCCCCGCUGGAAUUCGCGGCUGGCACAGCCGAUUCCCGGCUGGAAUUCCCGGCUGGAAUUCCCGCCCCCAUUCCCAUCCUUUUCUGAGGGACCUCAUCCCAGGAUUCCAGAUUGGAAUUCCCGGCUGGCACAGCGGAUUCCAGGUCGGAAUUCCCGGUUGGAAUUCCCGGCUGGCCCAGCCGAUUCCAGCCUGGAAUUCCCGCCUGGAAUAGCUCCAAUUCCCGGCUGGAAUUCCUGAAUGGCACAGCCAAUUCCCGGCUGGAAUUCCCGGCUGGCACAUCUGGAAUUCCCGCCUGGAAUCCGCUCCCUAAAGGGUGCCGCCGCUGGAAUUCCCGCCCCCAUUCCCAUCCUUUCCCUCCUCCCAGUUUUCCCGGCCCCUCCUCCUCGGUCCCGGGGCUCUCCCGCUGUCAGGGAGAGCCGGGAAAAGCUUUGGGAUCGGGGCCGGGAUUUGGGAUCGGCGCUUCCCGAUGAUUCCAUGGCCAUUCCCAGCGGGAUUCUCCUGGCCUGCUCCCUCUUCCUCCUGCCCGGAUUCGGGAAUUCCUUCAACGUGGACACCGAGAGGCCCCGGAUCAUUCCGGGAUCCCGGGAAUCUUUCUUUGGAUACACGGUGCAGCAGCACGACAUCGGCGGCAAGAAAUGGCUGGUGGUGGGAGCUCCGUACGAAUCCAACGGGCACCAGAAAACCGGAGACGUCUACAAGUGUCCGGUGCCGAGUGACGGGAACUGCACCAAGCUCAACCUGGGGCGCGUGACGCUGUCCAAUGUGUCGGAGCGCAAGGACAACAUGCGCCUGGGGCUGAGCCUCGCCACCGACCCCCGUGACAGCAGCGUUCUG